CGCUUCCUGGGAAACGAGGUAAAAGGGAAAUUUGCGUGCAAAAAAUUCAGAAAUUUCUUAACUGAUACGCAGAAAAUGGGAAUAUUGGGUGGCGGCGGAGGUGGAGGAGGCGGUGGGGUUGGUCUCGGUGGCGGUGGUGGGGGCGGUUUAGUCGGCGGUGGCGGUGGUCUCUGCGUCUUUUCUUGUGCCGCAAUUCUCUCCGCAUUUGGAGCCAUCGCGUCCCUUUAUGAUUUUGAUAUCGGAUCGGAAAGUGCCUUCUUUGCGACAACUGGUCUCGGAGCGUUGUGUUUCGCGAAGUGCCAAUAUUUGAGGCUGGCACAGGAGAAGAGUAGGAUUCAUAGGAAGACGGGCAGCGUAACUUUCAGAGAUGAUCCACUUCAAAACUAUGGUUGGACGCCAGCAGACGCUCAACAAUACGACAACGGAGGUGGUCGAAGGAAAAGACAAAUCGCUCCUGAGCAUGAUUUCCAACUUGACAUGAAAAGCCAUCAUAUUACCAAAAAUGACCUCAAGAUUGACAAUGAAUCCAGUUUUCCUUUUCCGAACCCUAAUGGCAUAGAUUGAUGUAGAAUACACGUGUAGAAUGUGACCCUAAACAUCUUCAUAGCAUAUUUAAA